CGCGCAUGCGCUGGCUGGCUGGGCGAGCGCGCAUGCGCGUGCUGGACAUGUUUACACUCCGGGUUUAACGGCCGCCGCGAGCCCGGCGUUUGUUUUUAUUUUUUAAACCGGCCCCGAGGUGUGUUAUUUCCCCCUCUCUCCCGCCAGUGGUUGAUGGUUGAGGAGCGCGGCGAUGAACGGCACCGCGCAGCCGGCGCUGGGCAAGGAGGAGCAUGUGCUGAAACUGGGCGAGAGCUUCGAGAAACGGCCCAAGAGCUCGUUCCACACCAUCCGCUAUGAUUUUAAACCAGCAUCAAUCGAUACAUCUUGUGAGGGUGAGCUACAAGUUGGAAAAGGUGACCAAGUCACCAUAACGUUGCCACACAUUCCAGGCUCCACCCCACCAAUGACUGUGUUCAAAGGGAACAAAAGGCCAUAUCAGAAGGACUGUGUACUUAUCAUUAACCAUGACACUGGAGAGUUUGUGCUUGAGAAGCUCAGUAGCAGUAUACAGGUGAAGAAAACUAGAGCUGAAGGAAGCAGUAAAAUCCAAGCUCAAUUGGAAUCACAGGCAGUGAGACGAUCUCAGCCUACUUCGCAAUAUAGAGCCCCAAAUAAGCCGUGCACUGGGCCGAAAACAUCUCCCUCGAAGGACAACCCAUCACCUGAACCACAGCUGGAUGACAUUAAAAGAGAACUGAGAGCUGAAGUUGAUAUUAUUGAACAGAUGAGUAGCAGCAGUAGUUCUUCAGAAUCUGGAAGUUCAUCUGGCAGUGAUGACAGCUCCAGUAGUGAUGUGGAAAAUGAAGCUUGUCCAUCUACACUGCCACAGCUGCAAACACAGCAGCAAUCCCAUUCCCAACCCCAUCAGCAACAGCAGCCACAGAAUUACAGUAACAGAAGUGCAGCUACAAAUGGCACCAGCAGAUCUGGAAGCACCCAGCUCAUGACCACACUGAGAAGUGAUUUACAAUUGAGUGAAUCUGGGAGUGACAGUGAUGAUUAAAGUCCGAGGAAAAUGGGCCAUCUACCUCCACAAUCAUCCAAAAGGAAAAGUGUGCUGUUACAUUGGUUAGAUUAGAGAUUUUGUGUGAAACAAAACAUUUCUUGUGUGUGUCCUUACUGAAGAUUUAGUAUCAAAUAUGGGGUGAUUAAUGCUGUACGAUUUAGAAAUAUAUUUAAUUACUUUUUAAAAGUUAAAUUAGAAACAUUAAUUUCACUUGUAUAUUUUGUCAGGUAUUCUAAUUCAUUUUCUUAAGGCUUGAUGAUCUUUUAAGUAAACAUGCAUUUUCAAAACUACCAAACAGGAAUGACGUUGAUGCUGAAUCAUGCAUAUGGGCAAUGUUUAUCUUGCAUUUUAAAGUGUAAUUAUACAAUACGUUUGUAUAAACAGAACAUAUGUCACACAGUGUAGAAAUCCUUUGGCAGGGCCAAUGCCCACAAAUACCAAUAUUAUGUGAGGUAAUAGGUAUUGAGCUGUGUGGUUUAUUGGGAUUAAUUGUGGGAAACAGUUGUGGUUACAAACCUGAAUUUAAGAACCACAGAUGUGCAACUCUAGAAAUUAACAGCAACAAUGUUUCUGAAAUCUUAGAGUAUUUUGGGUGAGACAAGUUACGAGACUAGGCUUAAUUUCCUAAAACAAGACAUUUCAAUGUAAAAAAAAACGAUAUACUUGUAGUACUUCUUGAGUGGUAUAAGAACACCAUUAUUUAUGGAGGAACUUGUUUGAAACUGGAUAUUCUGACUGUUCUCCUUUCGUUUUAGAAUUUCUACACAAAACCGACAUUUGUUACUAUUUAAUGUUUCAGUUGAAAAACAUUUUAUUUUGAUUUUUUUUUAAUUCUUUAAUUUAAUUCAUGAUGCUCUUCAAUCUUGUAUCUAUGAAAUAGAAAAAAAACAUUGCUGCUCCGUGGCUAUUCUGUCAUCAUCUGAUUCACAAAUUUUAUAUAUCACUACUGGCCUGAGUGGGUUGAUGAUCUUCUCCCAGACCUCAAUUAUUAUCUCAACAGUUGGUGUAUCUUUCUGUUUUUGUAAGAUUGGUCAGUCUACUUUCAAGCAACACAGGUUAAAGACCUCAUCAUCUGUGGCUAAUGAUUUGUAUAUGCACGUGCCUGUGAAAGAUCAUUCAAAAAAUUCCAAUUGAAGCAGAAAUUUGGUAUCAAUUCACCAUAGUAUUGAUCUUCAUUGGUUUUCCAACUCUGACAAUUAAAUCCUAUGAAUGAAAAAAAGAUUUCUACUUCAAAAUGAAGCAUCCAACAAGAUUUUAGUAAAUUCAGAUAAUAUUUAACGUAUUCCAACAAAAUUGACGUGUAAGAAUGUAAAGAGAUACUGAAUGCUUCAGUUUGCCAAGCCAUGAGGCUAUGAAUUAAAUAUGAAAGAAAUGACAGUAGAUGCAUUGAGAAUUUGUUAUAUUCUGCUAAAUAAUGAAUUGAAAAAUAGUGAUUGAUUAGAAAUGCAUAAUUUCUCCAUGACAUUAUAUAGGUUGGAAGAAGAUGUCUUAGCUUAUCUUCAAUCACCUUUUUUCCUCUCUCCACAUGUAAUUAUUCCUUAAACCAAGCUCUGGUGGUCAUUUUAUGGCUGCUUUUGUUGUAUCCUAUUCCACUAAAGUUCUCUUACUCCUUUUUUCCACAUUUACAAUUUUCUUUUCCACGGAAAAUUGAUUGGGGGAUAUCUGAAAAUUGAAAAUCUGAGAGUAUGGAUGCCUCACUACACAAGGAUGGAGUUACUCUUCCAAUAAUUAGAGGACCAUAGAGGAGAUUAGCUGAUGAAUCUGAUUAGCUUGUAUAUUUUGUAGUACUUCUGAUUAAUGUAACCUUGCACCACUAAUGCCAUAGCCUAUUAGAAUUAAACAUUUAACCAGUUACACCUGAUUAUUUUUUUUUAUAACUGGCACACUGUAGGGAUAUUCUAAUUCAACCCUCACAUCCAUACUAAUUUUCUGCUUUUUUCAUAAGUGAUUUUAAUACAGCAGCUCGAUCCAGCAUGUGGAGUAAUGUAUUCUCACAAGAUGAACAUUCUUAAUCCAAAUUCGCAGGGGUAAAAAGGGUUCCAAAUCGAAAUGUCAUUGAGCCAUGUUCUCCAGAGAAGCUGCCUAACUUGCUGAGUUACUCCAGUACUUUGUGUCUAUUCUUAAUCCAGAGCUAUCUUGUUAUAUUGAGUUUGCUUUGUUUAUCAGAUUGAGAGUUAAUUGAAAAUAUUACAAUUGUAUUUUGUAGGUUUGUAAUUUUAAUUAAUUUAUAACACUGCAAUACUAAUAUAGGGUUACUCAAUCCUAUAAUGAACAGAACCUGUUUGGUGAGGUAAAGUCUGUUGUUCACAAAGUUUUUGUUUAUUCAUAGCAAAUUCAUGGUUUAAAUACAGAUUUGAGGAACAAUAUUAAACUUCAUUGUUUUAUGAAAUUACAUUGCCCAGACUGAAGCAAGGUCAAGUGAUCUAUUCCUUGGCCUCAAUUUGAAUGUAUAUACAAAUGCAAAAUAUACACAAUUGUCUA